UAGUAUGUCAGCAGUAGACUCGUUUUGAUAUGUUUCCGGUUGUCAUUGUGGAACGUUACCCCCGGCUUGAGCACAGAGCUCUCUUUCUGAGAAAAAAAGAUCUCUGAAACGUUCCAGGGUGUCCCCCCCUCUCCAUGUGUGAUCCCUAAUGGGCUGCUGGUCUCGCAGCGCUGUGCUGGAGCUCUAUAGAGCACUGCUCCGUGCAGGACGUCACCUUCAGUACACUGAUCGGGAUUACUAUCGUCAGGCUGUAGCUCGCGAGUUUCGCCGCAGCCGUGCCUUGACGGUGCCUAAAGAUAAGGAGGACGCACUGAAGAGGGGUCAGUUCUUCCUCAGCAGUAGACUGGGUGGGCUCAUGUAGAAGGAAGGGAUCACAGGCCAUUUGGAGGUGGUUUACAGGUCAUCUUGAGGUGCAUCUCCCAGUGGCAGGAUGGCGGGGGUGAAUGGAGACCAUAAAGGAAAGAAA